GCGCAGGAGUCAUACCAAGCAUAGCCUGCGUGUCAGUGCAGUCGACUUACAGCUGGCUGUGAGGACAACUGACGCUACUCUCUUUUUUUGCCCUUUAUCGCCGCGAUACGUUUAAGCGUAAUCAAAAAAAGUUUGUCAAACUGUUCAGAAUAACUGCGGAAAUCCCUUGUCUGUCCUCUUUGCGGGGUUUUAUUUUAUUAAGGGGGUUUCUAGACAAAGUAAAGUUGGAGGCUGGGCCUUUAGCUUUUUGAUCGUCGCUUGAGAGAAGAGAAAAAAAGCUGGUCUUUUUUUUCUUUUUUUUUUCUCGUAAAAACUCGAUAAAUGCUACUAACGAAAAUGGACCUGUUGAACUACCAGUACCUGGACAAGAUGAACAACAACAUUGGCAUUCUGUGCUACGAAGGUGAAGCAGCUUUGAGGGGGGACCCCAGACUCCAGUCCCUGUCCCUGUCCUCGUCUUCCUCCUCCUCUUCCUCCUCCUCGUCCUCCUCUUCGUCGUCAUCCUCAUCAUCUUCCAUCUCCUCCAUCUCCAGCCACAGGACAGGUCCUCCUCCCAUCAGCCCCACCAAGAGGAAGCUGAGCGGGGACCAGGGGGACAGCGACAUGGACGACAACGAGCACGUGGCGAAGAUGAGCCGACUGUUUGCUGCACAGCUGAAACCUAACGGAGACUAUCGCAGCUCUCCUGUUUCCAAGGACCGCAGCCGUAGCCCCAUCGAGCGUGUGGUGGUGCCCAGCGCCCUGGGAGUCCACGGCAACCACCUGUACAGCCAUGCCCACCACCACCACCACCACCACCUGGCCAGCUUAGCCGGCAUGGACCAGCCUCUGGCACUCACCAAAAACAGCAUGGUGGAGUCUGCACGCAGCAGCACCGCAGCCAUGGCCACAGUGCCGCACACAGUCAGCGCUGUGGAGCGCCAGCAGAAUCGUCCCUCAGUGAUCACAUGCGCCCCGGCCAACAACCGCAACUGCAACCUGUCUCACUGUCCAGUCUCCCACAACGGCUGCUCAAGCCUCACCAACAACUACAGGAGAAUCAACACCAACACAGCCUGCGACCCGGUGAUCGAGGAGCAUUUCCGCCGCAGUCUCGGGAAGAACUACAAGGAGCCCGAGCCCACCGCCACCAACUCGGUGUCCAUCACCGGCUCGGUGGACGACCACUUCGCCAAGGCGCUGGGCGAGACCUGGCUGCAGAUUAAAAACAAGGGCAGCCCCUCGUCGUCCGGCAGCAGCCCAAACUCCUCCCCCGACAGUCACAUGGUCAAUCACAACCACUCCCCUUCUGUGGUCUCCUGAAGGAGGAGGCGUUUAUGAGGGAAUUGCCCCCUGCUCUCCCAGCCCUGCCAACCACCCCAGCUCCAACACCCAUGCCCCCGUCACUUUGGUCCGUCACCAGCAUCCCUGAGGGAAUGCCUGCCUGCUGGUCUGCUAAACACAUCCACAGCCCUGAAGCCCGCUCCCUCUUCCUAUGCACUCAUAGAGGAUCAACCAAGCAAUAACAACAUGGUCUUUCUAUCCUUCUGUGCUCUGCUGCGGUAAUGCCAGACGAUAAUCAGUCACGAGCGGCGAGGGUUCGACUUUGGGACUUGACUGGAGCAUCAAGCUGCUCCUUCCAAUCAUUCAUCAUCCCUGCAUGUCAAGCUUGGAGCUGAGCGAGCGUCUGUAGUUAUAUGUACAUAAAGAGCGAGAGGAAAGGCGGUGUUUAAUUAUUAAUUUUCUUCUUUGUUUUGUUUGUUUUUGUUUAACAGUAGUUUUGUGUACUGCUUUUGCGUUAUGAGAUGCCCGACAUUGGAAAGAAAAGAUAAGUGAGAAAAUAAUCGCGAACCACCUGACUGUGCUACCAAAGAAACCUCCGACACUGAUGCUUAUCAACAGCCACCUGGAAACAAAGCAACAGAAAGCCAUCCUGUCGUCUCCUCUCCUGCGUGUUCUCACUCUCUCACCCUCGCUGUCCUGUGUAUGUGUUCAGGUGGUUUUGUUACUGUAUGUGUGUACUUGGUGAUCGACUCGGUCUGAUUUGCACUACUGCCGUAGAGGGUAAAGAGUAGCAUGUCAAUACUGUAAUCUGGCACUGCACACUGGGACUGAUGAUGACUGAUUUAGGCGUAAUCCAUCUUUUGUUGGAACCUCUGUUUGAUCUCCCAUUAAGGUUUUUUUUUUUUAAAUCUACCUGGGGAUUAUUUCAUCCUGCUCCAGACAGAAAAGUAUAAACCAUAUUAUUGUGCAUUAUUUGUUGAAACCAUUUCUGAAAAAUGGGAAAUACAAACCAGUGGGGCUGGGCGGUGUUGGAGAUAUGCUAAGCAAUAUGGAUUUGGAGACCAUGUGUUCAUGUAUGCAUGUUGAUUAGUGCAAACGCAUACAUGCAUGGUAAGAGUAGGUUGCUUGUUUUGCCACCUCUUGCAGCCGCUAACAGGCCUGACCAUCUCAAACCAAGCCACGUCCAAACUAUCGAUGAAGCACCUUUUUAGGUGAGGAUAUAAAUAAACAGGUAAACUGUGGGAGGAACUGGCCACACUACCAUGAAAAGUGCAGGGAAGAUGCAACGUUUUUUUGUGUAAGUGCAAAUAUUUGGGAAGAAGCAAGACAGAAUAUAGGUUCCAGAAUUCAUCUCCUCGCCUGCCUUUUUCAUCAUGUAAAUGUGAAUUCAGUUGAAUUUAAGCGAGGAAAAUUCAUAUAACAUGAUGUGUAUCUUCAGCAUUCAAAAUACAGUGGGAUAGUAAAUGCAUCAUUCCGCCCAGCCCCACAUGCCUGCUCUACACCCAGUUUAAUUAAGUGGUGUUGAUUGGUAUCAGUAUUGAUAAACACAUUGUCGACCCAACGAAAGCAAAACUACAAGCUUACAUGGUGCCAAGCUGUUUAAUUUCAUUGUACAAGCACAGUCAGGUUAUUGAGUCAGCCGACUGCGGCGUCGAUGGACGUCGCAGCCGCCGCGAGAGGAGAUCAGGACCGACAACCUGCAGCGUGUUGACGGCUGUGCUCUGCAGAACAAUGUGCUUUGAUGUGCUUCACAGGCUUCGCCGCUGACAUGAUGAGGGGAGAGAUGACGCUGCGUGUCACUUUGUGGUCGAAAAACAACAACAAUAACAAAAAAAAAGUCUGGUUUCUAGACCGGGGGAGAGAAGAUUAUUCUGAUCUCUUCAAACACGCCUUUGUUUUAGUAACUCUUUGAACACAGGUGUUGUAAUUAGAUUUGGCUUACACCCUGCUAUCCCUCCCUCUCCUACACACUGUGGUUUGAUAGAUUUCUACAAGGUUUGAAGGGUAAACUAAUGCUUUUACAGAUGCAUGUUUUUUUGUUGUUGUUGUUUUUAAUAGCUGGUAUCUAUUAAUGUUUUUAAGCAUUUCAAUCCUAACUACUAUUAGCCUUUUCAUUUGGACGUUAGUUGUUACUUCUUUCAUUGUCAGUAACAGACAUAGACACUAUACACUCACUGCUGGGUCAGUUGUACUCCAUAUUAUUAUUGUUAUUGUUGUUAUUACAAUUUUGUAUUUUUGUGUUCCAUUAAUAUCAGUAUGGUAACAAACAUCUAUAGCGGGACAGCCUCCGGACAGGCUCUGUUUAACGAUGAGAGCUGCGUUUCUCAAAUCCGUCUCGGCACGGUCAUCCAUGAGCUCGUUCCCACGGCGACGGUUCUGGUGUCGUUCGGCUUUGGGAUGCGCAGCACGUAAAGGUUUUCUUAAGAUGUUGAUCCAUCGGUGGUACAGGAUGCUACAAGCUUCAGCGUGACUGAGCUGAGACACCAAAUUGGCACACGUUAGCCAGCGGGGCCUUGUUUUCCUAAAGGGCACCUCAGUCUGAGAUAAAAUGAGUGUGUCAUCUUAAAAUCACCACCUAUCUACUCGCCGCUACCCAUGUUCUUGCAGCAGUUUGAAAAGUUCAUUGAUCAGCACAGGCUAGCAUGCCGUGAUGCUCUUGGGAAACAAGGCGUUGUUGAUGCUAGGAGCCUGCGAUGGGAAACCUCGCAGAGAAGUGGUGGCAAACGCAGCGAAACACCUGGCUGAUAAUUGCCGGUUAUCGGACUCUAUGGUGUGAUGUCACAGCUAUUUCAACCGUCAUCAGUUGACCUUUUGUGUCCAGACUUUGGUGUCCAGACUUUUUUGUUGUAUUUCAAUGCUUUCUUUUCCGAACAACAUUGUAUUGUUGCUGCAGGUAAGCUAGACUGCUGCAGUCUGAGAAAAUUCACUCUGUAAAAGAGCCUGCGCCAAGGUGGCAUACAUUCCUCCUGUAGGGAACUUUGUACAGGCCUCAGUAUCGCUAAUAACCAGCCAACUGUCCCAGAGUUUUCAUGCGUCUUUACCGGAAUUACAAGGUGGUGUCCACUAUUGCCUUCUUUUUUCUUUUUUUUUCUUUUUUUGCAUCGAGCAAAUCGGCCAUGAAUGCACACAGUGUGAUAAAGGAACAAACAAGCAUUUCUGAGGACAUUCAGAGCAAAGAAUUCAGAGAACUGGGGUCAGAACAGUGGACGAAGUAGCAAACUUGCAGCAUCAUUUCAUGUCUCUGACAUGUGUUUGCUUUAGGUCUUUUUUUUUCCAAAUCCAGCAUGAUGAGUACAUCCUUUACAGAGUUCUCGAAAUGCAACGCUUUCUCAGUGUUGUUGAAUGUCCACACAUUCCAUCCUCAGCUAUCUGAACAGAUGUGAACCACAACUGAUGGCAAAAGUGCUUGAAUUUUCAAUAAUCAGAGCGCCACCAGCCAGCGAUUUAAUUUGCUUAACAAAGCAGUACUUCCUGAUUUAAAUGUGCUUUCUGUGACGGGUUCAGAGUGGUUGGGGUGGUGGUUUGCUGCAGGCAGGUUUUGGGAGGUGGCAGAGCUUCAGGAGCUGAGCUCCUGUGAGCACGACCUGCGUGCCAGGAGACAUUCAGCCGCCACUGAAAGUCUUUUGAAGGUCUCGCAGCGAUGCCUCCCCCUCCUCUCAGAUGUAGUCGACCCCGAUUAAGAUUGGAUGUGGAACGUGCUAGAAAACACGAGGGAAAAGGGCUCAGUGUCCAGAGGAUUUUGUUUUUCUAUUAUUAUUCUUUCUCAUUAUCAUUUCACUACCACCCUGUAGGUAGGAGGCUCUCUUUCUGCUUCGGCACACACUCCCUACACACCGUAGGAAAAUCACUUAAUUAAAAAAAUACUUUUUUUAUAAUAGGUAACUAUAAGACCAUCAUUACGCUGUGCGUAACGAAUGUACAGAGAAAAAAAUCGUAGGUAUUUUUUGAGGAACAAUUAAUUUGUUAAUGAUAUGUAGCUAUUUAAUUGUUGGUUUUCCCUGUCCUUAUAUUGUAAUCAUUGCAUUUUCUUUUUUUUUUUUGUGAAAAAAGUUGAUCUUUUUCGUUUCUAGAGUUUGUCUUGUUAGAGUAAAGGUUCAAGUGCAGGAACACAGUAAACGUAUGAAACCACAACAAGCCACUGUGUGACGUGACAAUCGCUACUUCCAUUGGUCCCUGAUGUCCUGCAGUCAUGUAACGUGUGUUCGAUCAUUUCGACUUCUGACACACCCGAACAAAAGAGUGAAAAAAAGAUAUCGUCCUGUUGGAGGUUUUUGCCGACUAUUUCCAAAUCAAUGAAUUAUUAAACAUAAAAUAAAAAUCCUCAUUAGUUAUGGGCUAGCAGGCACGUAAAAUCACCAUCAGUGCAUAUAAGUAAUAGAAAUAGCUUGUUUUGAUGACUGUUUUUGGUCUGCAGAUGGGAUCUGAGCGACAAGUAAAACCAUCAGUCCAUUUGAGAAUACUUGUCAAAUCAGAUCAACUUUACUGAACCAGAAAGGCUCAAUUGAUGAAAACCUGAAAGAAUGUUUUAUCGCUCCAACUCAUCUGCUUCAGUCAGUGAGGCUGAGAUGAUCUGAGCAGCGAAUGAGCUUUGAGGAUGUCACCCUUGUAUUUGAUGUUGCUGUUCCCAUCUGUGGAGGACAUUUUGCAUCUGUAAUCAAGUAAACAACAUGAAAAUUGUGCAGAUAAAUCAAAGAGGAGUUGGUCUUUACUCUGACUGUACCACAUUUUCCAGGUCCUUUUUGAAGUGGAAGUAGCAUGUACUUAGUGGUAGUAAUACUCUGAACUGUAAAGAAAAAAACAUUUGUAUCAAGAAAACAACAGUCAAUUUGUGGCUCUGUGUCUCCUCCUACUAAAAAGGUUUUGGCAGGCCACCUUUUUUGUACGUAAAGUAGCCUUGAUGAACAAUAAAAUGCUUUUAAACCAC